AUGGCCGCUCAACGUUCUUCCUCUCGCGACUUCUCAGCGACGUCGCAGAGUGUGAGAAAACGCUCCAUCAUCUCGUGGCCAUCGAGACGAGGCCAAGUUAAUACACCACUCGUCCGGAACACCCCCCGAGCCGACCGGUACGCCUACGUGCUCUCGCCUGUCUUUCGGCUGCUCUUGCCCUUGGUGCCGAGGUUCCUGCGGCUGGGAGGCCCCGCCACAACAACUAUGAACGGCACUGGGUCGGCACCACCAACACCCACGAGGAAGGGGCGGCGGUCGAUGUUGAGUAUCGCCUGCGUUCCCGUCACAGAUGGUGCUAGCGAUGCUGCACCUCUGCCGCCCUUGUCACCGUGCAACAUUCCAUCGCCGAGACGAGCUCGGUUACCCGUGCGACUAUUUUGGGCCGUUGCCUUCGUCGUCUUGACGGUGGUGCUCUACCCAAGAGUAUUCUUAGGCCAAAAUAGGCCAGUCUCUCGCGUUCGCACCCUCAUCCACAGGGCUCUGCCAUCGUCAGGGCUGGCUGCAACUGCGGACUCCAAAGCGCUGUCCUGGCACAACUUCGACCGCAUCGAGGCCCGCACGACUCGGCUCGCGAAGGGUGGCGUAAUUGCUCCAUUGCUCCUGCGGCAUCUCGAACAGUACAAGGCACCUGCACCCUACGAUGAGGUAGGUUGGACUUUCGCGGGUCACAUACACCCAUGAUCGCUGCUGAUUCGAAUUACUCCUAUUUUUCGGACUCCGCUCAGGUGUGGCUUACGAGCGCCUGGGUCGACCCGCGGCCACUUAUGAUUAAGCGUGAAGGUUCGACCGAGAAUGCGACCCAGUCGAGACCCGAACCUCCACAAGUCGCCAUCAUCGCUCAAAUGAAAGGGAAGGGCUACAUGUCGUACCCAUCAGGGUCGUUUCCCAAAGUUCCGUUGCUGCUGCAGUGCCACAUCGUACUACGGGACCGAUUUCACGGACGAACCUCGUUCACAACCACUCCGACGAGGCUGAAUGCUCUCCCCGACUCCCAUGAAGAAGAGAAGGACUUGAUUAGCGUCAUGUUUCACUGUCCACUCGAGGCGUACUCGGAUGCCCAGCUGGAUUGGGAGAAUUCCGAUAUGUAAGUGGUGGGCUGUGUCAUCUCGGUCGCUCUUCUACGACGGUGCCUGACAGGCGGAUUGGGCUUACGCUCACAGCUAUGCCACACUAUCACUGGUCGACCUCCCGCCUCCAGCCGACGUCUUUGUGCCAGUGACCGCAAUCCCUCGACUCGACACCGAGGCUCAUCGUUCUGGGAAUGGCUCGGCUGCGAUCUGUUUGGCCCCACUAACGGGUGAUGUCUUCGCUCGUGAGUAUAAGAUCACACCUUUUAAGACGAGCAAAUGAUCAGCAUUCUGACAUGCUCUUGAUCAACAGCUGUAAUGGCCGACCAUAUGGCUCACUAUCAAGCCCUUGGGUUCUCUAAAUACUACAUCUAUCUGCUUGAUCCCGGGCCAAAAACUCUCGAGACCCUGCGCGGGCUCGUGGACCGCAACCCGGAUGGGAUCGAGCUGGUUCGAUGGGGUCUACCUCAGGGGUGGAAGAAGAGUAACAUCGUCGGACAUCAUGCCUCUCGGAAAUUUCAAGUCGAGCCGAGUCUGUGGGACCUCCCAGGCGUGAACGAGCUCACUCCGGAAGUAGAGUUCGAGAUGGGCGAUUACAGCAGCGGCGAGCAUGAUGUCAGGCUUUGGUACAAUGGUCAAACGGCGGCACUUCAAGAUUGCGUGUUCCGCGCCAUGGCCGACGGUCACCGAUGGACGAGCACUAUCGAUUGGGACGAGUACAUCUUCCUCAAGCCGGCCCACGGGAAAGCGUGGCCUCCGGCGCCGACGUCGCGCCACAGCACCCCUCUCACCGAGUGGAUGUACUCUACCUACCACUUCGACUACUGGCCUGGUACUAUAGAACCUAAAGAAGCGAACAAACUCGGACUCAACUUCAAAGAAAUGGCGGCGGGCCUUCGCCCCGCGGCUUUUGAGUUUCUCUCCGCAUUUGCGUGCCUCAACUGCGCUCCCCGGUAUGACGAGCCUCCGAACGACACGCCCGCGCUGCUCGACCUCAAGCGCAAGUUCCCCGACUUUGACUUUAAUCGGCCUGGAGCAGGGAUACCUCUACCGUACGUCUCUCCGGUGCGAAUGCACGAGUUUCACAUCGCCGGCCUGAGGUCGAAAACGAUCAUCGACCCAUGGGCAUGGUGGUCUGUUGGUAUCCAUCUUCCCGGCCUGGGCUUCACCGAAUGGGCCGUAACGCGCGGUGUAUGCUCCUCGACAUUUGGUCAAGACGAGCGGAGAGGCACCGAUGACGCGCUGUGCGCCCGCGAGCUCUUGCAGCAAUUCGGAAUCGGAACAUCGCUCGUUGUAACACCCGGGGCUGUGGGUAAGGUCUACGCCGAAGAUGGGGCUUGGCCCAAGUGGUCGGGGGCACCAAACAUGAUGGACUGCGCCUUGCCAGACGGGAUGCCCAAAUCCGAGCUCGCACAAUAUGGUCAAGGGGCGUUGAUGCAUUAUCGACAAGAUUCCGCCCUGACCAAGCGUCUCAACCGGUUUAUCGACGAGUCGGCGGAUCAGAAAUGGGACCUCUUCUCCAGUGACGAGGCGCGGGAGGUGGUCAACGCACACAGAGCGACGUUCCAAGAUUGGGCCAGGACCGACUUUGGACGACCCGUGGAUGCUCCCGAUAUCGUGCAGGACUGGUCGAUGCUCGAAAUCAUGGCCCCGACUUUGCUUGACAUCAUGCAGCGCAAGCAGAAGCUGGGGCUGCGAUCGUGGCUCGGCAAGAGCAAGCUUUCCCGCACGCUCGAACGGAUAACAUUGACCAUCCCAACCGGUGGGCGCUUGCCCAGCGAUUGGGUGUCGAUCGUGCUCAUCAUAGUCUGGCUUUUGCUCGCCCGCAUCUUCCUCCUCUCGUGGUUCAGCUCCGUCAGGCCCGGGGGUGCUCGAUUUGUCGCGGCAAUGAAGGAGAUGCAGGCCGCGGACGAAAAGCAGAGCUACCAGGACAUACCCACCAGGAUGGAGUGA